UAUAUAUAUAUAUAUAUAUUUUUUUUUAAUUCCAUCAAUAAAUUUUAAUUAGUUGAUAAAUUAAGUGAUAUUAUUAUAUAAUUUUAUAUAAAAUAUUAAACAUGUCAGAGGAUUAUUUAUUCGAGUGCCAGCGAGCAGAAUUGUUGGGGCAAACUCCACCGACUGAAGAGGAGUGGCGAAAAAAAUUUUCAACUAAUGUUGAUGAUAAUAAUGAUAAAAAUGAGGAUAAUAAUGCUGAUACUGAGGUAAAAAUGAUGAUAAUAACAAUAGUAAUAAUAAUAAUAAUAAUGACAACAAUUAUAAUAUUUUUUCAGAAUUUGGAGCAAAGUGACGAAAGUUUGAAACGUAUUGGAGGAGGAUUGGAUGAAUUAACAUCAAUUUUAAGUGCAACCCAAAAAAAAAUUAAUCGUUUCAAGACUGUUUGCGGAAGCUUGAGCUCGCUUUUAAAAGUAAAAGUUAAUUCCCGUAACGCAACACCAGAGCACUCACAAUCAUUAACAACAAAUUAUUCUGAACAUCAUCAGCAACUCCCUGAAUCCGAAGAAACUUACGAAACUCUCAUGGUAGAAACAGAAGAAACUUCAGAAAAAAAUCCAGCUCGAGAAGACAGUCCUGCUAUGGCGGUAAAGAAAAUCGACCUAAACGAAAAAAUGGGCUCGCAUUUAGACAAACUCGAUUCACUGAUUACCAAAGCGGAAAAUGCUCAGUACAGCAUGCAGCAUCAGACCAAACAGAUGAAAAAGAUUGUUAAAAAAUAAGUUUUAUAGAUAGCAAAAACUUGCCGAAUAAAUUUUUAAGUUUUCUGAAAA